CUCAUGACCAAUCAGAAGCUCCCACGAUUUAAGCUCUGAUGAUGUGUGCUCAGAUGUUUGUGUAACGUCUGCUAGGAUGGAAGGUUUGAAGUUAAAUUGGCUGUUAUUUAUAAAUUUAACAACAUGUAUUGUAAUAUCGAUAGCUGGGAGAGAUUUUUACAACAUCUUAGGUUUGUCUCGUAGUGCAAGUACACAUGCAAUAAAGAAGGCUUAUAGACAGUUAGCAAAAGAAUUGCAUCCUGACAAAAAUAAAGAUGAUCCAGAUGCUUCUCGAAAAUUUCAAGACUUAGGAGCAGCCUAUGAAGUAUUGUCAGAUUCUGAAAAGAGAGAAAUGUAUGACCGGUGCGGAGAAGAAUGUUUGAAAAGAGAUGGCAUGAUGAACAAUAAUGUUGAUCCCUUUGCAAGUUUCUUUGGUGACUUCAGUUUCCAUUUUGGUGGAGAAUCUCAUCAUCAACAUGAAACUCCAAGAGGUGCAAAUACUGUAAUGGACAUACCUGUCACCUUAGAAGAAUUAUACAGUGGAAAUUUUAUCGAGAUAACCAGAAAUAAACUAGUUAUGAAAGCAGCAAAAGGAACAAGGAAAUGCAAUUGUAGACAAGAAUUAGUUACUCGCAACUUAGGAAAUGGAAGAUUCCAAAUGAUGCAACAGUCAGUGUGCUCAGAAUGUCCAAAUGUCAAAUUAGUGAAUGAAGAUCGUGUGCUGGAAGUAGAAAUUGAAGCAGGCAUGGUGGAUGGUCAAGAAACUAAAUUUACAGCGGAAGGAGAACCUCACAUCGAUGGAGAACCUGGUGAUUUGAUAUUAAAGAUACGAACUCUACCUCAUCCCGUUUUUGAAAGAAGAGGCGAUGAUUUAUACACAAAUAUUACCAUUUCCUUGCAAGAUGCGUUACUAGGUUUUAGUGUGGAUAUAAAACACUUAGAUGGUCAUACAGUGACCAUUCAAAGGGACAAAAUCACUAAACAUAGUGCUCGUAUUCGGAAAAAGGGCGAAGGAAUGCCUAAUUACGAUAAUAAUAAUAACCAUGGUACUUUAUUUGUUACUUUUGAUAUUGCAUUUCCUGAUAAUGAAUUUACAGAUGAACAAAAAGAAGAUAUAAAGAAAUUAUUGCAACAAGAUCCAGUGAAUCGAGUAUACAAUGGCAUAGGAGGCAAAUGAAUGUUUGUGAAUAUUUAUAAGUUCAGUAUAUAUGUACAAAGUGAGACAAUGUAAAGUGAAUACUUUGAUUGGAAUGCGCGAAUGCUUGGUAUUGUAUGUUUGUAUUACGUGUGCGAUACUCUUGCUUCCUUAUUCCAAAGUACCAAUGGAUUUGGUAAUCAAGCUGAUUAACUCAUUUGCUGGGUACAAUAUACGUUUCUAUGUAAAUUUUAUCGCAAGUAUAGAUAUAUAUGUUCUAGUUACGAAAGACUGCUUGAAUAUCUGAUUCAUGUUGCCAGUUGCAUGAAUCAUUAUCGACAAUGAUUAAGCAAUUUAUUUAAAUUCCUAAGUUAUUUUAAAUUUGAGUUUCAUGAUCAAUGUGUGAAAGAUUCAGUAUGGGUGUGGAUAUAUUUCUGCAUUUAAUAUUACGCAACAAGAGAGUAAUAUUGUGUGUAAUACUUACGAUCAUAUAAUUUUACAAUCUUGAGCUCCUAUAAUCUUGCGUUCUCGUACGAUUAUUGUAAUUAUGAUCGUAUACUGAUAUAUGUGGUCACAUAAAAAAGCUCUCUUGUAGCUACUACUACAAAGUGGUUUAAGUAUCAGUAAGCGCAUAAUAUAAUUAUAUAGAGUAUCGAAAUAAAAUUAAUAAUUGUACGAUACAUUUGUAGCUAAUUUUUUAAUUCAAAUAUAUCUAUGUAUUUUAAGUGAAAA